AUGUCCAAGCAAGGUACUCUGCCAGUGACCCUGCCCCCUGCCCUCUGUAAGGAGCCUGUCAAGCCUGUUUCUCCUCCCACCAAUAUCCAGCAGGAGCAAGUGAAGCAGCCAACUCCACUGCCUGCCCCAUGCCAGAAGGUCAUCCCAGGGAAGGAUCCCUUGGAGCUCGGGGAGAAACACACAACUCCUGUGAAGGAGGUGCCCGAGCAAGGGUGUAAGCCACAGCAACAGGAGCCAGAGCAGCAGGAAAAGCAUGUGGAACAGCAGCAGCAGCAAGAGUCACAGAAGCAAGAAAAGCAUGUAGAACAGCAGCAGAAGCAGCAAGAGUCACAGAAGCAAGAAAAGCAUGUAGAACAGCAGCAGAAGCAGCAAGAGUCACAGAAGCAGGAAAAGCAUGUGGAACAGCAGCAGCAGCAAGAGUCACAGAAGCAAGAAAAGCAUGUAGAACAGCAGCAGAAGCAGCAAGAGUCACAGAAGCAAGAAAAGCAUGUGGAACAGCAGCAGCAGCAAGAGUCACAGAAGCAGGAAAAGCAUGUAGAACAGCAGCAGAAGCAGCAAGAGUCACAGAAGCAAGAAAAGCAUGUAGAACAGCAGCAGAAGCAGCAAGAGUCACAGAAGCAAGAAAAGCACGUAGAACAGCAGCAGAAGCAGCAAGAGUCACAGAAGCAAGAAAAGCAUGUAGAACAGCAGCAGAAGCAGCAAGAGUCACAGAAGCAGGAAAAGCAUGUAGAACAGCAGCAGAAGCAGCAAGAAUCACAGAAGCAGGAAAAGCAUGUGGAACAGCAGCAGAAGCAGCAAGAGUCACAGAAGCAAGAAAAGCACGUAGAACAGCAGCAGAAGCAGCAAGAGUCACAGAAGCAAGAAAAGCACGUAGAACAGCAGCAGAAGCAGCAAGAGUCACAGAAGCAGGAAAAGCAUGUAGAACAGCAGCAGCAACAGCAAGAAUCACAGAAGCAGGACCAGCAUGUGCAACAGCUGGAGCAGGAGAAGAAGGUCUUGGGCCAGCGGCUGGAUCAAGAGCCAGCAAAGAAAGAUGAGCAACUGGAAAAGAAAGGGGAGCAGCUGCUGGUGCAGCAGGAGGGGCCACUGAAGCAGCCUCUGCUUGUCCCAGCUCCUGGCCAGGUCUAA